AUGUCAUCCCCUUCUACAAUCAGUAAUACUUCGACACACCCAAGCUCUAUACCUGAGCCGCUCCACAAAUCAAUCACCCGGGGACUUCUCAGUAUCACUGAAGGCGAAGAGCUACUCUCGAAAUUCCGCACAGAAUUGAUGCCCCUGUUUCCAUUCGUCAUUGUACCCGAAGCGAGCUUUGUCGAACUGGGCAAGCAGUCUCCAUUCCUUCUCCUGUGCAUAAUAACAGCUUGUCUCGAGCAUAGGCCCGAUCUACAGCAAAAACUAGAGCUCGAAGCACGAGCUGUGAUCUCGACCCGCAUAGUCAUGAACAUGGAGAGGGACAUGGAUCUACUCCGGGGGUUACUGGUCCAUAUCGCAUGGUAUCACUAUCACUGGCGCGUUUACCAUACCCAGGUGUACAUGCUUCUGCAGAUGGCUAUGGCCAUCGUUGUGGACUUCGGACUGGAUAGAUGCGACAACUUCAGAAUGCAGCGCCACUAUCCCGAAGAAAAAGAGGCAGAGGAACCACACAAAGCCCAAGCGCUCUAUCUGACCCCUGACGGACAGCGUGCCUUUUUAGAGUGCUAUUAUCUAUGUUCCAACUUAGGGCAAAGGGCGGAGUAUCCCACGGACCAGUCUCUCAAAGCACUAAUUGAGAUCCAAUCGCUUGCUCGGCGAUCGGAGCCAGAAGUCGAAGACCCUAUCCAUGCGAUGAGCACGGACGAACUGUCCCGGUCUAUGGACAUACUUGAGAAUCGAAUCGAGCACCGUCUCGUACAGAAAAUACAGUGUAAUACUUGGGCCCUGCGCUUGGAGCUCAACGCAAUGCCGGCCAUUGUUCUCGGACACGCCCUGCGGCAGCAAAAGGAUGACCCUCGCCAGUAUGAGAAACAGCAACUCCUGACCAUCGCGCGUUCCGCGUUCAACACCGUGACAGUAUUCCUCGCAUCGCCGGCUUCAAUCACCCCCAACCUCCCCAUGUUCAGCUACACAUCCAUCUGGUACGGCCUGCUGGUCUUAUCGAAGCUGAGCCUACUCUCGGAUGCCGCGACGAAAGGCAAGGCAGUCGACGUCCGUCCCAAAGACAUCCACAACCUCGGCCUGGCGGCUAUGCAGAAGAUGGCGACAAUGUCCCGGAACGAUGACGUUUGGGACAAAUGCCGUGCAGUGAUCGGAUCCAUGCUCUCAUGGUUGGAGAGCAGUCGGGCACGGCCCCAUUCCACACCAGAUCGAGGAGAUACUAGAACACCAUUUACCCAGCACGCUGAGAACGCUCAUAUCUCACCGCAACCAACACCCGACGAUCCCCCUCGAGCCCCAGGGUUCGCGGCGGCGGUGGCCGAAGAUUGGGAUGCGACCGUAUGGCAGCAGAUGUUGCACGAUUUGACCUGGAUCGGGCUACCGGUGGAGCAGCCGUUCGCCGUAGAUCUAGCCUACUUGCCUUGA